AUGGACGCCAAACACCUCGCUGAGGAAGGCUUACACAAGCAUGAGGACUCUAGUAGCUCAAAGAAUGAGCAGGUCGAAACGGUGCGCACCAUUUCUCGUGUCCCUGGAAAUAGCAAUUACUACGAGAAGAAUGGACUGCGAACCUAUGGUGACGAAAUGGACCACGAUCAUGAGCAGCCGAUGACAAUUCGCAAAUUCAUGUCGCUGACUGCCAUGGCCUUCUUGUGGACUGGCUCUCAGAUUCCGCUUUAUCUAUUUGGCGGCAUCCCACCCUAUAUCUAUGGCGACAUCGGUGGACCAGACCGAUGGGUGUGGUUUGUGCUUGCAAACCUGCUUGCACUCGCAGCUAUCUGCCCCUUUGUUGGCGCAUUAUCUGACCUCAUCGGUCGACGUAACGUGUCCCUCGUGGGAGCAAGCUUCCUUGUCAUUGGCAUGAUUGUGUGCUCCACGGCACAUACGAUGAACAACUUUAUUGCCGGUAUGGCGAUUGCAGGUGUAGGUGCAGGUGUCAACGAGCUCACAGCCCUUGCUGUCGUCUCUGAGCUUGCUCCUACCCGCAAGCGAGGACAGUACGUCGCCGUGCUCGUCUUUACCAUUGUACCAUUCUGUCCUUCGGUGCUUUGGGGCCAGCUGAUUGCAUCCCAUUCGAACUGGAGAUACGUGGGCUUGUUCUGCGGUCUCUGGGCCUUUACCGGGCUUGUGAUGACGGCUGUCUUCUACAACCCUCCCCCAAGAGUCAACUCAUCCGGUUUGACCAGGAAACAAAUCAUCAAUCAGAUUGAUUUUGUUGGCGGCUUCCUUUCCAUCUCUGGUUUAAUUUUAUUCCUCGCUGGCAUUCUCUGGGGCGGCUACCAGUAUCCUUGGGCCAGCGCUCAUGUUCUCGUCCCAUUGAUUCUAGGAGUCGUCCUCAUCGUAGCCUUUGUUCUGUGGGAGAUGUACGGUGCCAAGUACCCCAUGGUCCCGGCUCGGCUGAAGCAAGAUCCACGUGUUCUGAUACUAACCUUGGUCUUAACUUUCAUCUCUGGUGCAAACUUCUUUUCUGUGCUUCUAUUUUGGCCCACGCAGGCUUUCAAUGUCUACGGCCAUGAUCCUAUUGGGGUUGGCCUCCGCGGCUUGCCUAUCGGUUUCUCCAUCCUCAUCGGAGCCUGCGUUGCGCUCUAUCUCCUCUCGCUAUUUCGCGGCGGCAUCAGACCCAUCCUCUUUGUGUCCUGUUGCCUCAUGACUGCAGGCUGCGGCGCGUUGGCUGCUGCUCGUCUAGACAACCUCAGUGCCGUCUACGGUAUCCUGGUCAUCGCCGGGCUUGGAAUUGGCGGAAUUGUCGUUCCAGCCUCCAUUAUCACCACCAUCAUCUGCCCUGACGAUCUCAUUGCUACGGUUACCGCUUUGACACUUGCUAUCCGCGUUGUUGGUGGAGCUAUUGGCUAUGCCACGUAUUACAAUGUCUUCUUAAACAAGUUCAAGCCCAUCUUAACUGAGAAGUUGGUCAUGGUUUGUGUGACACACAACAUCACCAACGCCGAUGUCAUCACACAAGCCGGCUUGCUGACGGGCGCAUCCUUGCUCGAACCCAUCCUUCACCUCCCAGGAGUUGAUGGAAACGUCACAACCUGGAACGCUAUUGUUCUUGCGGGCCAAGAGAGCUAUGCCGAGGCAUACCCCUACGUCUACUACACUAGCAUCGCCUUCGGUGCUUUGUCCAUUAUUGCGUCAGCUUUUAUCGGAGAUAUUACGAAGUAUAUGGAUGAUCAUAUUGCUGUCGUUAUGUAA